AUGAACAGAAAUAGUUCCUUCAAAUGUACAACAUGUGGAGGAUCUUCAACUCAAUUAUUAGAUGGACAGAGGUUCUGUACGACAUGUGGAACCCAAGUCACGUCCUUUCAAGAAUACGACAUGGACGAUUCUUCUGUGUUGAAAGGAGCACUUAGACUAAGAGCUAAAAAGCCCAAAACAACAUUUGAGGAGGAAUUACCUACUGUUGAUGAGCUCGAUUUGAAAACACCAGGAAGGGAAAGAAAGAAGGGUGAUAUGAAAAGGCAAGCCUUGGGAGUAGGAUCAUCCGGUUUAGAUAGAAUGAGAAAUGAUACUGAUAUGGCAAAUGACAAAGUUGCUGAUCAUUUACUAGUUGUUGGACGAAGGCUUUUAACUUUCACAAAAAUGCUGGCAAAAGUUGCGGAAACGUUAACUGUUGAGUGCAACUUCCCUUCUCACUUCCCGGAGUCUUGCUUCACUUUAUGGCAGAUGUAUUUGAAACAUUGUGAAGUAGCUUUUCAUGAUAUGGAGUUUGAAGCUGAUCUCGACAAUAUGUACAGAGCCAUGAUCGAGAAAAAGUUCACGGCGAAGGAAAUUCAAAAGUCAAAGGCAGAGAAUACGAAAAAGAAACAAUUGGAUGCAACUCUCGCAUUGAAUAAGUCUAUUAAUCCUCUUGAGCUUCUUGUUAGUGAAGAAAUAGACGAAGAUUUGGGUUUAGUAACGACACAGGGCGAUGAAAGUGCAGUUCCUACGAAAAGUGAAAAAGUUGAAAUAUGUGUGAUCGAUACUAAUAUCAACACUCGCGCUCUUCACCGUGCUAGUUCUAUGUACCUGGAACCUGAUGUUCUGGUAUCUAUUGUUUACACCGCUGCACUUGCUACAGGAUGCUAUUGGGUGACCAUUUCAGAUAUCGUGAGAUGGUUCAAUGAGGAUAGAUUCUUUCUUAGUACUUUCGAAUACAAUUCGAUGGGUGCUGUGAAAAUGAAGCGACAUACUGAAUCAGUGUUCACAGCAUCGGGUAUCCCGUUGUAUGAAUACAAUCGCGUUUUUCUUUGGCUUUGGCAAUCAAUUGAGCCGCCAAUUCUCAAAAUAGAUCUUGAUAUGAAAGUGGUUUUCUCUCGAUACUUGUACGAUCUGAACUUGCCUACAGAUUUCAUAGAUUGCGUUCGAACAUUGUACAAGAUGUUUCCCAUGACAACAUCUAUUACAAGUAAAACUGUUCGUCUUCAAGGAGAUAUAGUGGAAGGCUUUCCGAUAUGUAAAGCAAAAAAAUAUUCUGAUGUCGAUAAAUGUUUUAGAAAAAAGCUGAGAAAUUUUGCGGGUAAUGAUGUUUUCUUCUCCAAUGAAACGAAGAUUAUGGCUUGUAUUCUGUUAGCACUGAAACUCCGCUUUGGCUUAGAAGAUGAUGGAGAAAAAGGAAGUGAAGAGUUCAAUAUUUCUUUAUGGAUAUAUCAAUUGAAGUUACGCUUACUCCUCCUAGAUGGACAUUGUCCCACUGAAAUCCUAAGCACAAAUUUGCCUUUUAACCGUCAUAAUUUGGAACCACCCUUUGGCUUCGGAGGAAACACCAUAACUUCAAUGCAAAGGAAGAACGAUAGUACGCAGUAUAUAUUCAAAAACAAGAGCCGAGAUAGAAACUUUGACAACAGCUGUCCGAGCAUUAAGAGGAUAGAGCAAAAUAACAUGCUCCCACCAUACUUCCCUCCUCAGUUUUGCAGAAUGUCUAAUCGAUCUGAAACUGGAAAUAAAGUGUUAUUCUCCCCAUUACGAUUUCAAACAAAUGUACUGAGAGAUUUCAUGAAUCAAACAAGGACAUUGAGCGAGAAAGAAGAGCUUAACAAAACUAUUGAUGAGAACUGUCUCGAACUUUUCAAUGAGGAUUUCGGGGCGUAUGAACUACCGUUUGAAGGAGAUAGUACUUGGGAGCGACUUUUCCCCAAAUCCCAUAGCUUUAAGCGAUUUCCAAGACCUUUAUGGGCACAAGGGUGUCUUUACAAUUACACGACUAAGAAAAAAAACUACUUGAAAGGAAUUGAUCAGAAAGGCUUUUAUGGUCCUUGUGCCUUGUUUGCUUCCAAGAAAGCAUGCUCUGAUUCAUACACAGCAGCUUCACCAUUCAUGAGUAAUAGCUUCAAAACCGUCCUGGAAUGCUUUGCAAAAUAUAUAGGAGAACCCGAUUCUAUUCUCUAUUGUUGCUAUAUGAUGAUAGAGCUACUAGUCAUAGAGCAAGAACGUCACGGGAAGAUUGUUAAUGAUUUGGUAGAGAGCUGCACUAUACCUUUGGAGUACGCUCUAUUCAAUAGAGAAGGUGUAUCAACGAAGUAUACUGGUAGAAUAAGCUCAUACCAUACUGUUGGUUUACCCAGUGAUUUGAAGUGUUAUAAACUUGGUUACUCCGAAAACUACGAAAUGGAUGUUAACGAUGAUGAAGACCAAUAUGAUUAUGCUAACUGCAUGAAUGUACUUGCGGAUAGUUCAUCUGAAUCUGAAAUGGAUGACAAAUCCCAGGAUUCAGAAUUAGAUGUUUCUUCAAGUUGUGAAAGUGAUUCCUCUAGUCAAGGACGUUGUGAGUACAACUUGGAAAAUGCACCUCGCACUGAAUUUGAUGAAUUACUGAAAAGAAGUUCCAAGCGCAUGAUGUUCAGUACACGCGUCUACGAUUGGGAUACAGUUUGGCAUAUAUUGGCUACAAAAUAUUGGUGA